AUGAAAUUGCUUUUUGCUUUCCUCUUUAUCUUCUUACUUAUCUUGUUCUCAAGCACUGUCAAUGCAAGAAAAGAUGUGGGUGAAUAUUGGAGUAGGGAAAUGAAAGAUCAGCCACCGCCAGAAGCAUUACAAGCACUUGUUGAAGCUUCUACCUCCACAAAAGACAAAGCCGAUUUUCGCACAACUGAAAACCACAACCAUGCCACACUUAAAGCACAUAAGCUAUAUUUUGAGACAAAAAAUGAUUUUACAAAUCACCAUAAUGAUGCAGGUCUCAAAAAGGAGUUUGAUCCGAGGCUUGAUCUGUCUAUAUAUCAAAAUGAUGUCACACUCAAAGAACAAACGCCAUAUUUUGAGACAAAAAAUGACGCUUCAAUUUACCAUGAUGAUGUAGCUCUCAAAGCAAAGAAGACAUUUUCCAAUGAUAGGCCAGACAUGUUAAUUUACCAGAGUAAUUAA